AUGAUGAUGAUGAUAUCCGCACUUCAGCUUGAACUUGUUUGCGAUCGACUGCUGCCGCUCACUCCGAGCCUCAAGGAAGAUCGCAUCAAGCCCCCAAUUUACUUGCAAGAGCUUUUCUGCGCUCUGCCUGUUGAAUUUCAAUCGUUUAUCUUCCCAAUCUUCUUCGCCCGAGUGGUUUGGGUUCAACUAAAAACCAGCUCCAUCGCCAUCCCCCCGAACUCGAGCCAUCUCGCGCCCCGCGAGCGGAGAGGGACUUGUGAUCAGCCUGAUCCCGCCCUGGGGUCCAGACUGUUUCCUCAGCUCCAACUGCCCUUGUCAUCUUGA